GAGGCUGCGCCUAUACCACCGGCAUUCCCAGUAUGCACCGCGGCCACACCAGCGAAAAAAUACUCCGGUAACUGGCAAGGGCCGACUAAAAGGAGAUCUUAACGGAUAGCUAACUACUUGUUCGUUUAAAAGUAGAAUAACGUAUAUUGCUAAUAUGGCGGACAACGAAAAACUGGACAACCAAAGGCUGAAGAAUUUCAAAAAUAAAGGUCGCGAUUUGGAGACUAUGAGAAGACAAAGAACUGAAGUGGUUGUAGAACUGAGAAAGAGCAAACGGGAUGAGCACCUCCUGAAGAGGAGGAAUGUGCCCCAGGAAGACAUCUGCGACGACUCGGAUGUCGAUGGAGAUUUCAGAUCGCAAAACACCUCUUUAGAAGCAAUAGUACAAAAUGCCACCAGUGAUAACCAAGGGAUUCAGCUAAGCGCAGUGCAGGCUGCUAGGAAGCUGUUAUCGAGUGACCGCAACCCACCUAUUGAUGACUUGAUAAAGUCUGGCAUUUUACCCAUACUGGUUCACUGUCUGGACCGGGAUGACAAUCCAUCUCUCCAGUUUGAGGCAGCCUGGGCUUUGACCAACAUCGCCUCGGGAACCUCGGAGCAGACUCAGGCUGUGGUGCAGUCCAAUGCUGUCCCGUUGUUCCUAAGGCUGUUGCACUCUCCUCACCAGAAUGUGUGCGAGCAGGCUGUGUGGGCUCUGGGUAAUAUCAUCGGUGAUGGGCCCCAGUGCAGAGACUACGUGAUCAGCCUGGGCGUGGUGAAGCCACUGCUGUCCUUCAUCAGCCCCUCCAUCCCCAUCACCUUCCUCCGCAAUGUCACCUGGGUCAUGGUCAACCUGUGCCGCCACAAGGACCCCCCACCCCCCAUGGAGACCAUCCAGGAGAUUCUGCCUGCUCUGUGUGUGCUGAUUCACCACACGGAUGUGAAUAUCCUGGUGGACACCGUGUGGGCUCUGUCCUACCUGACGGAUGCAGGCAACGAGCAGAUCCAGAUGGUCAUUGACUCAGGCAUCGUCCCACACCUGGUGCCCCUCCUCAGCCACCAGGAGGUCAAAGUUCAGACUGCCGCUCUGCGAGCUGUGGGGAACAUCGUGACCGGGACGGACGAGCAAACCCAGGUGGUCCUGAACUGUGACGCCCUCAGCCACUUCCCAUCUCUGCUCACACACCCCAAGGAGAAGAUCAACAAGGAGGCAGUGUGGUUCCUGUCAAACAUCACUGCAGGUAACCAGCAGCAGGUACAGGCCGUGAUCGAUGCCAACCUGGUGCCCAUGAUCAUCCUGCUCCUUGACAAGGGUGACUUUGGCACUCAGAAGGAGGCUGCCUGGGCCAUAAGUAACCUGACAAUAAGUGGCCGGAAGGACCAGGUGGCCUAUCUUAUCCAACAGCAGGUCAUUCCGCCGUUCUGCAACCUGCUGACGGUGAAGGACGCCCAGGUGGUCCAGGUGGUGCUGGACGGGCUCAGCAACAUCCUCAAGAUGGCGGACGACGAGGCAGAGACCAUCGCCAACCUGAUCGAGGAGUGCGGAGGUUUGGAAAAGGUGGAACAGCUGCAGAACCAUGAGAACGAGGACAUCUAUAAACUGGCCUAUGAAAUUAUCGAUCAGUUCUUCUCUUCCGAUGAUAUCGAUGAAGACUCCAGCUUGGUCCCAGAAGCCAUCCAGGGUGGAACGUACGGGUUCAACUCCUCCACCAACGUGCCUGCGGAAGGGUUCCAGUUCUAGACAGCGUCGGAACGUCUGGAGAUUUGUUGGCGAUGCAGCACUCUGUUCAACAUAAAAAAUAAUUAGGAGAGAAAGCGAGCGAGAGAGAGAGAGAGAGAGCGAGAGUGUGAAAGAAAUUAGAUCCAUUGUGCUUGGCUCAUGGGAUCCAUAGCUGCAUCUAACCCGAGAGAAAUUGUGUGGAUUUCGUUUGGCAUUCCGAGGAAAGAGGUCCAAAUGAGGUUUUGAGACGGCGAGUGAGUGCGAGUGAGUGGCUACUAUAUGUUGCAAAAAUCAACCAUCUACACUGAAUGCGUUGAGAGACAUUUCGUGGAAAAACUUCACACACAACAAAAAGUUACCAGACGUGUCUAUUACAAGUUUUUCAACAAACAAACAAAAACCACACAGGAGGCGAGUCGAACAGAUCUGUCGAAACCUCUUGGGGGAAGAACCAAGACAUCACAACCGAUCCAAUCUGGAGGCAAGACGCGACGCAACAAAAAAAAAACUUCACGUUGACAUGAAUCUAUAAAAACUGGACGAACUUGAGACAAAAAAAAAACCACAAACCAAACCACAUCACACCUUCUGAGGUUUCCUAGACCCGAGGGGAGGGGCCACCCUGGAUAGGCUCCUCCCCCUCCAUGGCCACGCUGCGAGACUUGUGUAUGAAUGGACUCAUUAAUGCGUAUGAAUGGACUCGGUGAAGAUGAGGCAGAUCUCAUCUCCUCUAGUGAAACCCUCCACGGAUACUUGGGCCGCCUCCCUCCACCGACGCGGGCCCCGGAGUCCAGCGGUACCCGCAUGUGUCGCGUGUGCUCGAGAAAUAAACAAAAACAAAAAUGGACGAUUGGUGGUGUGUAUGCGCGUGACUGGGGUGUGUGCAAGGAGAGACCGGAUGGGGAACGCAUGCAGAGAGAGUCAACGUUUGAAAAGCGAAACAAAAAAAAAAAGAGAAGGAAAGAUCGCAAAACAUAAAAAAAAACAAAUGAGGAAAAUAAAAUAACGAUGUAAUACCAAGAAAUACAAAACAGGAGUGGAAGAUGUGGAGAAGAAGGGUAUUUAAAAAAAGAAAAAGAAAAAAAAAGUGGAAAACCAUUUGUCUGUGAAAGGAGAAGGCUGAUCUAAUCGAAGUCCUGGAGAGGAAAAAAUGACACCUCUUUUAUCAGCUACAACAUUGACUUUAAACAACGACGUCAUCACAACUUUUGUUUUUUCUUUUUAAUUCAUGAGUUAGUAUUAAAUCAACACUGGACAGUGCUGUUGGACAGACAGACAGACGGUAGAGCCGUUGUGGUGGUUCCGGGGGCUGGCUAAAGGCCCCAGUGUGUACCUUUUUAUUUCCCUUUUUAUUUCUCAGCUUUUAUUUUUUUCAACGCUUGUGUAGAAGUGGACAUUGACGCAUCAUCUAUGCCCCUCCCCCCCCACACCCCUGCACCCCGCCCCCUACCUCUGCACCCCAUAUUAAUUUGAUGCUGUGAAGUCUAUGACAUCACCUUUACCAACCAAACGACUUGUUUUCCUUCCUGCAUGGCAAAUUUCAUUUGUUUUCCUUUUUCUCUUUUGGUUUCCUUGGAGCAAAAGUGACUGUAUUGUUGCCAUAGCUUUCAGCUUACAAAAUAUCACAGGGGGGAGGGAUGACGAGAUAUGGCCAUUUUGUGUAACUUUGUGGAACAUAAUCUUUGCAUGUGCUAAACUACAGCAUAGUUACUUCUAGGGGUUUUUAGUUUUGUUAGGGCUUUGUACACAGUGUAAUAUUUUCAUUUUUAGUCAACUGUGCUGUUGAAAUGUCCCACGUCUCUUCUGUUCCUCUCCCCUCAUCACCCCCCCCCACCCCACUCCCAAGCCCCUUUCCCUUCCAGACUUAGUUUCUGAUUUCACAAGUUCUGAACAAUUUUUUUGCACAUGUACGGACGACUGAGAGGCCUCAAGUCACACAAAAAGGUGGUGGUGUGGUUAGAUUUCAUGAUAAAAAAAAAAAUACAACCAACACCGCCGUCUAUAUGCAUUAUACAAUUACAAUCUUAAUUUUAUACCUAGAUGAACUAGCCAGAGCUAACCCAUACUGAGCCAUGCCAGUGGAGUAACAGUGGAAGAAAUGAAGAAAAAAAACAACAAAAACAAAAAAAAAAAAACACAAAGAAAAUAUUUUCCUCGACCUAGUGAUAGGCCUGCCUCGUUUUUUUCUUUUCUCUGUGUUUUUUUUUUUUUUUUGACAGUGCCCCUUCCUCAGGGGAUGCUGCUGAGCGUUGGCAAGGUGAAGAGGCUUCCCACACGCCUGGCUCUCCAGAAGUAGUGUGGUGCCUUCUUUUCUAGAGCACAAAAAAAAACAUGCAUGUACAAAAAAAUGUGCUGUACUUAAAUACAUCCCCAGAGUUCCAGUCCCCCCCCCCCCCCCCACCCCCACCCCUCCCUGUAGGACGCCCCCAUACCCUUUUGUUUGUGUUUUAAAACCUUCAGAACACUGUAGAGAUGGAUUACACUUUGUGUGGUCAUAACCUUCUGUUGGACAUAGGGUCAUAUUUUUUGGCAGCAUUCCUUGUUAGCAACGUUUCCAAGAAAUUGGUGUAGAGGAAGAGCUGGUUUGCUUAACCUGUUGGAUUUUGGCUACAGGCUAGGUUGUCUUUGGUGAAAAUAAAUAUUGAAGCGCUA